AUGCGUAUCGUAGAAGUUGUUAUUGAUGGCUUUAAAUCCUAUGCUGUGCGCACCGUAAUAUCGGGAUGGGACGAAUCGUUCAACUCGAUCACCGGCCUCAAUGGCUCCGGCAAAUCAAACAUCCUUGAUAGCAUCUGCUUUGUUCUUGGAAUUACGAAUAUGAGCACCGUGCGCGCGCAGAACUUGCAAGACCUCAUCUACAAACGUGGUCAGGCAGGCGUAACCAAGGCGAGCGUGACGAUAGUAUUUGACAAUCGCGACAAGUCUAAGUCACCCAUUGGGUUUGAGGAGUAUGCGAGCAUAUCGGUUACGAGACAGAUUGUGCUUGGCGGGACCAGUAAAUAUUUAAUCAAUGGGCACCGUGCACAACAACAAACUGUGCAAAAUCUCUUCCAGAGCGUCCAAUUAAAUAUCAAUAACCCAAAUUUCUUGAUUAUGCAGGGGCGAAUCACGAAGGUGCUGAAUAUGAAGCCGGUGGAAAUUCUGUCGAUGAUUGAAGAAGCAGCUGGAACUCGAAUGUUUGAGGAUAGAAAGGAGAAGGCUGGAAAGACGAUGGCAAAGAAGGAGAUGAAGGUGCGGGAAAUCGAGGGACUGUUAAAGGAGGAAAUCGACCCGAAAUUAGAGAAAUUACGAGGGGAGAAAAGAGCGUUCCUCGACUUCCAGCAGACACAAAGUGACCUUGAGCGCUUAACCAGACUCGUUGUUGCACACGAUUAUUUGAAGAAUGGAGAACGGCUACGUUUGGCUGGAGAAGAAUUUGACAAGAGGAAAAGAACAGUCACCGACUUGGAAAAUAGCAUUGCGAGACUCAAGGGUGAAAUUGCUCACCUGGAAGAGGAUGUGAGGAGGGUAAAGGCAAUUCGCGAGAAAGAGCUCAGAAGAGGGGGGAAGUUUCAAGCACUGGAAGACCAAGUGAAAACGCAUUCCCACGAAAUGGUGCGGUUGGCCACACUUUUCGAUUUGAAGACGUCAAGCAUGGCGGAAGAAUUAAACAAGAGAGAAGCCAUGCAAAAGACGGUUACCGAACUGCAAGGAUUAUUGAAAGAGAAGAAAAAAGUCUACGAUAAGUUGCAGGCCAAGUACGAUGCGGCAAAGGCUGAGCUAGACAGCCAGACUGCUGAGGUUGAGCAGAAAGAGGAACUUCUUCAAACUUUACAGACAGGCAUUGCAUCCAAGGAAGGCCAAGAAAAUGGAUAUCAGGGGCAGCUUCAAGACGCGCGAAACCGCCUCAGUUCUACGGCAACCGAACAAGAGCAGGCCAAACUUAAGAUCUCCCAUCUUGAAAAGAGGAUAAAGGAGGAAGAGCCUCGAGCGAAGAAGGCCAAGGAACAAAACUCGAACCUCCUUAAGGGUCUUGAGGAACUUCGAAAACAGGCAAAAAAACUUGAGUCGGACCUCGCCAGGCAAGGGUUUGAACCAGGAAAGGAAGAAAAAAUGUACCAGGAAGAAUCCAGAUUGCAGAAGAGCAUCCGAGAGUUGAGAAGUCAAGCCGAUUCUAUGAAACGAAAAGUUGCUAAUAUCGACUUCAACUACUCAGACCCUUACCCCAACUUUGAUAGAUCUAAAGUCAAAGGGUUGGUAGCGCAACUUUUUAGCUUAGACAAGGAUAAAAUUCAGGCUGGAACUGCACUUGAAAUAUGUGCCGGUGGACGCCUUUAUAAUGUUGUCGUCGACACUGCUGAAACUGGUACGGCCCUGUUGCAAAAUGGGAAACUUCGAAAACGUGUUACAAUCAUCCCAUUGAACAAAAUUGCAUCCUUCAAGGCCUCUGCUGAGAAGAUCGGAGCUGCGAAGAACCUGGCACCUGGAAAGGUGGAUCUUGCUUUAUCCAUGAUUGGAUAUGACGACGAGGUGGCUGCUGCGAUGCAAUAUGUUUUCGGCACUACCUUGAUUUGCCAGGAUGCAGACACCGCGAAGAAGGUUACAUUUGAUCCCUCUGUGCGUAUGAAGAGUGUUACUCUAGAGGGUGACGUGUAUGAUCCUUCAGGAACCUUAUCAGGAGGCAGCUCGCCAAUCUCCAGCGGCGUUCUCGUUAUCCUCCAACAGCUGAAUGAUAUAACGAGGCAGCUCAUAGGAAACGAACGAGCUCUACGUUCUCUGCAAGAAACCAUGACGAAGGAGAAGAAAAAGAUGGAUCUUGUGAGAGCUACUAAACAAGAAUUUGAUCUCAAGACACAUGAGAUUAAGUUGACGGAAGAACAGAUCAAUGGAAAUUCGUCCACCUCGAUUAUUCAUGCUGUUGAAGAGAUGAGAGCCAAUAUUGGGCAACUUAAAAAUGAUAUUGAAGAUGCUAAAAAGCGCCAUGCUGAGGCUAACAACGAUAUUAAGCGGAUUGAGAAGGAUAUGCGAGAAUUCAGCAGCAACAAAGACAGCAAGCUUGCCGAAUUACAAUCGUCGCUGGACUCGCUCAAAAAGGCACUGAGCAAGAACUCGAUUUCGGUCAAGACACUUCAGAAGGAGCUUCAAGCAUCACGACUGGAUUCCGAACAGGCUGGAAGUGACCUAACAGCUGCAGAAGAACAGCUUGCUGAGGUUGACCAGACAAUAAAAGCCCAAAAGGAGGAAGUUGAGGCUCUCAAAAGGGAGCAAGAAAAAUGCAAGAAAGCGCAUGAUCUUGCUCAGGCUCAAUUAGAGGACGAAAAGGCCAAGCUCACUGGUUUUGACGACGAGCUUCGUGACUUGGAGGAGGCAUCUCGAUCCAAAGCUGCACGAAUUACGGAAGAGGGCCUUGAACUGCAGAAACUAGGCCAUCAAAUUGAAAAGUUCCAAAAGGAUCAGCAAAAUGCUGCACAGCUGGUAGCCAGCAUGGAAAAGGAACACGAAUGGAUCGUCGAAGAAAAAGAUAGCUUUGGCCGGCCCGGCACGCCAUAUGAUUUCAAGGGCCAGAAUAUUGCCGAAUGCAAGGCGUCGCUUCGUAAUCUCACUGAGCGAUUUCAAGGGAUGAAGAAGAAGAUCAAUCCGAAGGUCAUGAAUAUGAUCGACAGCGUCGAGAAAAAAGAAGUGGUGCUCAAAAACAUGAUGAAAACUGUCAUCCGGGAUAAGAAGAAGAUCGAGGAAACUAUCAUUAGCCUUGAUGAAUAUAAGAAAGAGGCGUUGCAAAAGACUUGGUCUAAGGUUAAUGGCGACUUUGGCCAGAUAUUCGCGGAGCUACUUCCUGGAAGCUUUGCUAAGCUGGAUCCUCCUGAGGGGAAGGAGAUUAGUGAUGGGCUUGAGGUGAAAGUUAGCUUGGGCAAAGUGUGGAAGCAGAGCUUGACGGAAUUAAGUGGUGGACAAAGGUCUCUGAUCGCGCUCUCCCUUAUCAUGGCUCUUCUCCAGUUCAAACCAGCACCCAUGUACAUCCUCGACGAAGUCGACGCGGCCUUGGACUUGUCUCAUACGCAGAAUAUCGGACGUCUGAUCAAGACACGUUUCAAGGGUUCACAGUUCAUUGUGGUCAGCUUGAAGGACGGCAUGUUCCAGAAUGCAAAUCGGAUCUUUAGAACGAGGUUUAGUGAGGGCACCAGCGUUGUCCAAGCACUGACUCCAGCAGACUUGAAGUAG